ACCAUUUUGUUUGAAUUUCAUUAAGUCGAACAGUCGGAGUCGAAGAUGAAUGUGAAAAUUGUAAUUUUUCUUGUCACUAUUGCAUUUACCAUCGUGAAUGCCGAUUUCUAUUUCAAUCCGGUGUUGCCAAAAAAGGAAGAUCUCAAUAAUUUGAAUCUGAAAUGUAUCCGUGGAAGGACAACGAUAAAAGUUAGAGAACGGAUACAAUCAGUUAACGAUGAUACAAGCGAAGAGGACGAUGGUUAUCGCAGAUCUCAUAUGAAUUUUGGUGCCACAGACAGCGAGACAUGCGAGAUUUGUGUCUGUUCUGUAGAUGGAAAAGACGAAUAUUGUAGUAAGAGGCCAGCAAUGAACGUGAAUGAGUGUAUUCGAAUGGCUAAAAUUAAUGACGAUCACAAUAGAAAUGUUCCAUUCGACGUUGACAGUGUUUUGUCGAGCAGAGUCAGAAGGAGAGGAGGAGUUCAGCAGUGUGUACCAUUUGUGUCGCAAUACACCACUUGUACGGAUGAGAACAGUUGUUCGGGGUGCAAGGAGUGCCGGUGUGAUGAGUCAGGUCAGUGGGCUUGCCAGGACGUGACCAGGUGCCUUGGAAUGGACUCUAGGGACCUCAACGAGAACUCCGUGGAUCUGGCUUGGCAAACUAUUGAAGACGGUUUUAAGAAGAAGACACGAGAUGAUGCUGCAAGAUUCGGUUCACCUCACGUGCCACGGCCGGGUUCAAAUUAUGAUGACGAAUUAAUAGGUGACAUUGAUAAGGAGAAAUAUGUUGAUAGUGAUGUUGAUCCAUCCUCAGUUCCAAAUGUGAAAGUAUUCAUGAAUUCACAAUUAGACUUUAUGAAAGAUGGGUUGGUGGAUAGGUUCAAAAGAUCGCUACUCAAUAAGAAUAAAACAAAGGACGCACAUCCAAUUAAGUUUUACCAUGCUGUUGAUGAGCUAAAUGAAGAUACAUUGCAACACUCCAAUAAUUCUGGAACAAUAGCCGCUAAGAAAGCAAUUCCACUCCCCGCGUCACGAAGAAGUGGUCGGGUUGAUGUUUCUAAUUCAUCUAACCCUCUACACAUUGAAUACAAAUUACCAUUAAAUGAUUACCAUAUUACAGAUAACAAAAUUGACAGUAUACACAACAAUGAGAAAAAAGACAUUGUUAAUGAUAAAAAUCAUGAUUUUAUGGGCAACAGGACAACAGAAGUAAAAGAUAAAGAAUUGUCUAAGUUGAUUGUAAAUGAACUCAAAAAAGGCACAGAAGUUGUCGGAGAUAAAAAUUCUCCAUUGAUAUCAAACAUAACAUUUACAAGAGAAAAUGAUACAUUGACGGCCAUGGCAUUUAUUGCUGGAAAUCUGUUAAAUAAAUUGUGGAACUUAGAAAAGGACAACCAAGGAGAUUCAAUGGAAAGUCAAGUAUUGAAACACGAAAAAAUUUCAGAUUUAGUUGACUUAUUUAAAGCCCCGUUGACUAUAAGGCAAGAAACAUUCCUUAAAGAUGCUUUAGAACAUUUAGCAGGAGUGAUGAGUAAGGGUGAUGAUGAUAAAAACAACAUUCCAUUGUGUGAUCAAGUUGCAAGAAUCAAAGAAAAUUUGGGAAUAUCUGCAAAUUGUACACAACGUAAAAACUUAAACAAGGAGGAACUUAAUCCUGAAAAAGUAAAAACGAAAGGAGAUCAUAUCGAAAAAGUGCGACGUGCAGAAGUAACAAAUGAUGCCACUCUAGCUGCAGUGAAAAAACUUGAUAAUGUAAUGACGUUGAUUCAAAAAUACGAGGAAGUUCAAAAAAAUAUAAAUAAUUUUAAAACGCCAUCAACUAAAGAAGACGUUAAAAAUACUUCAUCAAAAAAUGGUCCUAAUGCAGCAGAUUUUUUGUCGGGUAGUGAAAAUCAAUCACUUAAUGUAUUUGGCAAUGUUCUUGAAAAAGUGACCAAACUUCUUGUUCCCGAACAGAAACAAAAAAAUAUAGUAAAGUCAAUAAGAAAUAAAAAUAUACUCAGGAAAGAUGAAGAUUUGAAAACAAAACUCAAAAGAAUAUAUGACAUAGAUUUAGAAAAUUCAACUUUUACUUCUAAAGAUAAAGUGGUAUUAGAUUAUUUGGUAAACCUCAGAAAUACGAACUGUGAACUCGUUCAUAAUGUUUAUGACACUCAAAUGCCGGGAGGAGAUAUAAUACAGAAUUUAUCAGAGUUUCUGAAAGUUAAAUCGUUUGUUGAUUUACUCAAACUCUUAGAACCAGAAAAAACCACUACAACCACAGAGUCAUCUUCGAAUAAAAAUAUUUUAAGAUCGAAUCAAAUUGAAAUCACAGAACCUCCAGUAUUAUCGACAACACAAACAAAAGAAACUACUGCUGUUCCACCUACUACUACUGAUAGUCAACUUUCAGUCAGUGACAAUUUAGCUCAGACAAAAGAAAAGUUAAAACUACAUUUAAAGGCAAUUGUUGGUGAUUUAUUAGAGUUGCAGAAAGCAUCCGGGAUAAGUGUGAAAGAUAGUAAUAUAAAACUCGCAGAGGCAUUGCCCUGUUUGUACAAUAUCUUGAACAGUAAUAAAUUGGCUGAAGAUAAAACUAAAUUAAGAAUAAAUAAAAUUAAAACAGUUUUUGACGCAAUUAAGGAAGAGUUGAAAUUUAACCCUGAAACAAGAAGAGCUUUUAAAGUAUUUGAACCAAGACCUAAAUCAGCUGCGGUCUGGGAAAGAGUUAUUAAAAAUACUCAACAACUGAAUUCCAGAACCAGAAAGUUUAUAGAGUAUCAAGAACCAAAAUCAUUUGAUGAAUUAGAAAGCUUAAUGCGUUCAUUGGAUAAUAAUAACAAUGCUUACAAAAAUACAGCCAUUUCAAAGGGAGUAUCGCCUGAAAAACGCCUUGAUCUUGUCAAAACAAUUGAUGUUGACGCUAGACUAUAUAUGGCAGUUAUAGAAAAUAUUAAACUAUAUUUAGAUGAACCUAAAACUCUUAGUCUGAGUAAAAGUAGUAAAAUUAACAAUUUUCUCAAAAAAGUGAGUUUGAACUUAAAACUUGAUGAAGACGUUUUAAAUAGUUUAUACAAACAUAAACAAAAUGAAAUUCAACUACCAAGAACUUACAAUUAUAAGUAUGAACUAGCUAAAAAAAGGAGCGAAGCUAUUAAAACGCCUGCUAAUAUAAAGCCAAAAUCAGCUAAAGUGUCACGUGAUGAAAUAAUUAACCAACUUAUUAAGAACCGUGUUCAAUUCUACCUAAAAAUCAAAGAAUUGGAGGGAUUUAAUAAAGAAGAUGAUGUGAACGUAAGACUAGCAAGAAAAAUAUUAAAUUAUUUGGAAACUAAGAAUUACAGUCUCGCUAGAGAAUUGUUCAAAGUAUUUGUGGCAACGAAACAGAUAAAUAAAACAGACAGUAAUCCUUUCCCUUCCCUCUCUACCGUUCAACCUUCUCCAAGAGGAAUGCUCAUAGCUUUAAAGGAACCUCUUAUACAAUUUGAAGAAGAUAAGAGUCCAGGAAUGGGCCCAGACAUGAUUUCUUUAACCAAAUCUCUGAUGAAGCAACUAUCCAAUAUAAAAAAUAUGCGAACAAACGAAUCAGAAUAUCUUAGGAAUACCCUCAAUAGCGCUAAAUCAGGAUAA